AUACCCGUCGGACUGUUUUCAGAGACGCACGGGCCGCCAUCGUUGGACGGCGGACGUUAAACUGAUGUGGAAGGAAAACUUGUGUUUACGGUUUGCUCCCUCUACUUUUCGUUACCCGUGGUUAUAAACAUGCGCAGCGGUCCGGCGGACAGGACUGCGUGAGGUUUGGAAUCUCCUGAAGAAAAAUGGACCCGAGGUUUGAGGACGAAGUGUCGUCGGUGGUGGAAGCCGCCAUCCAGGCGACCGUGUCCGCCUGCAGGGAGCUCUGGGCCAAAGAGGCGCCAAACACCGCGGACUGGCAGGAGCCCGGACUGGGACAGAUCCAGGACAUAGAGCGGUGUCUGGUCGUUCGGGUCCUCAAGGUGUUCACGGAGUUCUCCGCGGAGCUGUUCGAGGAGAUCGAGUCUCUGAAGGCCAAGGUGGAGCAGCUGGAGGAUGUGCUGCAGAGGAAAGCCGGGCAGCUGGAGCAGGAGCUGGAGGCCCGGGUGGGCCAGCUGGGCAAAGACAUGGAGCAGCUGGAGAAGGAGCUGAAGAGCAUCAGCGACGGCGGCCCCAAGGCGGACGGCGGCCCGGGACACAUCCUGCUGCAGGACGGGGCUCUGCUGGAGGCGGCUGACGAGGACCAGGACUCCACCCCCGUCCUUCCGUCAGAUUCAAUGGUGAGCUCCGAGGUUCUUCUGGGCUCCGACCCUGAACCCACCACGGCUCCACUGGUGUCGGUCAGCAGCGUCAGUCCGGCUUCAGCGUUGCUGCUGGCGGGAAGCAGACCCACUGUGGCCCAGAACAACAGAUCAACACCUGCCGUCUCUGAAAUGACAACAGCCUCCCAGCUCCUCGGCCCGGGGUCACCGGGGUCUCCGCCUCCUGUCGCCCCCAGUCCAGACUCCAGUACGGUUGGCGGUCUGGAUUCAGCACAAGAAAAGAAACCUGUGGAGAAGGCGUCUACACGGAGGACAAAGAGGAAAAGACAAAGUAACAUCAAAGCUGAAAAAGAUCCCGUUGACGACGUCCCUGAAGACACAGAAAUGGGCUCCGGCGACGUUCAGGAGCGAAGGCAGUCGAGGAGAGAGUUGAGGACAGCGAAGCGUUACUUCUGUGAGUUCUGUCACAUGGGCUUCCACUGGAAAGGCGAACUCAACAAACACAUGAAGGUCCACAAGAAGCCGUUUCCCUGCGGCCAGUGCAGCAGAAGUUUCCUGGAGCAGUCGUCUCUGGAGAAACAUCAGCUGAGCCACGAGGCACGUAAAACCCCGCUGCCCUUCCCCUGUCCUCGCUGCAAGAGGUCGUACCGGAAAGAGCAGUCGCUUCAGAACCACAUGAAGCGCCACCAGCGGACGAAGCAGCCCAAGCCCUUCACCUGCGAACAGUGCGGGAAAACCUUCAGACUCGAGCAGUCGCUGGAGAACCACCUGGCGCGCCACGAGAAGCAGAAGCAGAUGUACCAGUGUCCGCUCUGCGACAAGGCCUGCAAGACGGCGGUCCAGCUCAAGUGUCACAUGGUCGUCCACUCGGAGGAACGGCCCUUCAGCUGCGCCACCUGCGGGAAGGAGUUCAAGAGUAAAGACACGCUCCGCUUCCACCAGAUGGUUCACACCAACGCCAAAAAGUACAAGUGCCCGAUGUGCGAGGAGACGUUCAAAUACGCCCACUCGCUGACGGUGCAUAAGAGGAAGCACACGGGCAUCACGCCGUUCAUCUGCUCCGUGUGCAACCGUUCGUACAGGACCGGGACGGCGCUGAAGAGACACAGCGUCGUCCACACCGGCGAGAAACCGUUCACCUGCCACAUAUGCGGAGCUCGAUUCAGUCUCAACAACAACCUGAAGAGACACAUCCGCAUCCACACCGGAGAGAAGCCCUUCACCUGCCAGGAAUGCGACAAGAGCUUCUCCGACAAUAACAAACUCAAGUCCCACAUGUUGGAACACGGCGCCCGGAAGCCGUUCAUGUGCGACCUGUGCGGGAAGACCUUCCUGUUCAACUGCAGGCUGCUGGUGCAUCAGAAGUUUGUCCACGCCGACCGCAGCGAGGAGUCGGACGGGAUUCAGCGGUACGUCAACAGCAGGCGCAGGAACAAGACGUUGGUGAAACCGUACAGCUGCAAAAUCUGCCUGAGGGGCUUCAGCGCCACGUGGUCGCUCAAACUCCACGAGAAAGGCCACAGCGAACAGAAGGAGUUCAGCUGCGGCAUCUGCGGGAAGUCCUUCCACAACAAGUACUCGUUCAGCUACCACCAGCGCAGCCACACCGGGGAGAAACCGUUCGUUUGCGACGUGUGCGGGAAGAGGUUUUUCCAGGCGAGCAGUCUGAAGCAGCACGAGCGAAUCCACACGGGCGAGAAGCCGUACAAGUGCGAACAGUGCGGGAAGGCGUUCAGGACCGACGGGAACUUCUACAGACACAUGAGGAUCCACACGGGCGAGAAGCCGUUCGAGUGCGUCUACUGUCACAGGAAGUUCCACCAGUCUAACCAGCUCAAGUCGCACAUGCAGGUCCACACCGGACAGAAGCUGUACGCCUGUCAGCAGUGUGGGCGGGGCUUCUCCGACUCCAGACAGCUUAAGAAGCACAGCUGUGACGCGUCGUAGGUCGAACUCGGAGAGAGGCUGUCGGUCGAUUUAAGGCAGGAGCGUCAAACACACGGCCCGGGGGCCAAAACCGGCCCACCAAAGGUUCCACUCCGGCCCGUAGAAUGAAUUUGCAAAAUAUUACACUGAAGAUAUUAACAAACAAGAAUGUUAAAAUCAUUUUAGUUCAGGUUCCACA